GGAAGUUUUAGUUUUUCUCAGGCUCUGGAUGGGAAAGGGAUGAUGCCAGAGAGCUGCAGGCGAAGCCGCAUGUUCAAAACUUGGAGGAACUUUGGCCUUUAGCCCUGCAACACUUGUUCAUAGUCUGUGCAUCCUCUUGUGCACAUUCAAUGUGACUGAAUCCUUGAGUGUUCCUCUUGUGGAAGUCCUUUUUUAUUUUUUACUUUGGGCCUGUUCUUCUUUCCUUGGCGAUUUGGAGACAAGUGGAAAAUGUUGCACGAAUGAUUUUCUCAGACACCUCAGACGUACAUUGCUGAUCAUUUCUGCAGUUUUCUGGACACAGGGGAGGACCGAAGCAUCCCCACCGCCAUCCCCACGCUGAGCUUCGGCAUUUAUGAAGGAUUGUUGAAGCAGGAAUCAUGAAAGAUAACUAUGGUGGAUAUGAGAACCAGCUUUUCAAAGAGGAGGACCUCACUGGAGAGGAGGAGGACGUGCCUUCAUUUAGAGGUCGUACCAGAGGAGGCUGUGUGAGGUGCCAGCAGGGCCAUUCUCUCCAGCUGGCUGUCAAAGUCCUGUAUGCAUUUGUUGCGUUCCUCAUCAUCACAGUGGCAGUGCUGGCAUCACUCGUGUUCAGGAAGGUUGACAGGAUGUCCGAAGAAGAGUCCGUCUACAAAAAGAAGAUCAACAGCGUUCAACAAGGAAUAGAUGACCUGAGCUCCACCUCUAACUGUUCAGGAUGUCUCGACGUGACUCUGUACAGCGAGGAGAUCAGCAGGCUGAAGAGAGAGUUUGAAGACAUCCAGAAAAUGAUCCUGGGACAAGAGCAGGUCCUGGACCAGGCCUCCCAGUCUCAGGCCACUGUGAGGACCACCUACAACCGGCUGAUGCGCGACAUGCAAAACCACCUCACGUCAAUCAAACUCCUCAACCAGUCCCUGGUGGGAUACCUGGAUCGGGUGGAGGCCUGGAAGGAUGUGAUCGAGGAAACUGAAGAGAAGAUGAAGACUCUGACGGAGGAUCAGUACGACAUCAAAGCUACGGCACAUCAAGUUAACACCACAGUGGCUCUCAGUACAAUGUGGAUAGACGCCCUGCAGAGGAAAUCCGACGAGGAGACCCUGGUCCUCCAGAAGCUGACCAGCGACUGGCAGAACUACAGCCGAGUUCUCAGCGCUAUUAAAUCCAACACAAGCAGCACCACGCAAACUAUGCGCUUCCUCCAAAACAACAUCGCAGCAGACCACCAGAGAAUCGUCAUGUCCUCUGAGGUGUACUACGACCUGACUCAGCAGGUGUUGAACCUGCAGAUGCAGCUUGACAACGUGACGUCUUUCAUGGACGAACACGAGGAGAACAUGCACGACCUUCACUAUCAUUCCAGGUACUACGAGAACCGCACAGGUGAACGUUUCUCUGCCUUGGACGGCCGUCUGAACUCCAUUGAGAUGGAGAUCGACACGGUCUCCUCCAGCAUCAAUGCCACCGUCAGCCACGUCCAGAGCAUGUACAAGUACAUCAACAUCGAGAGCUCAUCCUGCCAGAGCCGACUGGGCAGACACACGGAAGAUCUACAGAAUCUGAACAACACAGUCUUGUUGCUCCUCCACUUAGCUGACACGCUGAGGCAGCAGAAUAUGUUGUUGAAUGUCCGACUGGAUGUGGAUGUCAGGAACCUGUCCAUGGUGAUGGAGGAGAUGAAGCUGGUGGACGUUCAUCACAUCCAGCUCAUUAAGAACUUCACUAUACUAAAAGGUGCUCCUGGACCUCCAGGCCUCAAAGGGAACCGUGGUGAAACCGGUCCAAAAGGCCCAGUGGGACUGACUGGAAGCAAAGGUGACAGAGGCCCCGUAGGAAGCCGUGGAUCCCUCGGUGAGAAGGGGUCUUUUGGACCCAAAGGAGCCACAGGUGAACUUGGGCCUAGUGGCAAUAAAGGAGCGGUAGGGAUCAAAGGAGCGAAAGGGGCUCUUGGUGUACCAGGGCCACGCGGUGAAAGGGGCCAGAAAGGUGACAUGGGCCCCUCAGGUGAAGAUGGCAUCCCAGGAUCCACUGGGUUUUCAGGCCUCCCGGGUCAAGCAGGACUACCAGGCAUCAUUGGGCCACCAGGACCAAGGGGAAAACCAGGGCCAGUAGGACCACCUGGACCACCAGGAACCCCUGGGCCUCCAGGCUUGCCAUACCCUCAUGAUCAAAUCAACACCCAGAAGCGGACCAUGACACCUCCUGCUGGGCCUUAGAGGCAGUAGAGAGGUGGACAGAGACAUGGACCAGAGACGAUUUUGUUCAAGUACAAACAGACUUAAGAAACAUAGUCUGAUAUGAACUGAAGUAGUUCAUCAUCCAUUGUGACUUGGAACGUGAUAACGUGAAGACAAUGGAAAACUUUAUGAACAAAUUGGAGAUGGGGCUUUAAAGGAGGCACUUCCCUGAUGAAAUAACAUGGCCACAAGAAAUGAACCACGGGGAAGAAAAGUAGCAAGCAGAACUGCUGCUGUAGAUUGAACUGCAGCAGCACGUGAAGUUUGAAAUGAAAGUACUCAAGGCGAAAAGUGGACUGUGUUGCGACAGACUUUUAUAUGGUGUAACUGUUUGUUGGUUUUUUUCUUGUAUUAGACCCAAAUACAACAGACCUUCCCACCUGGUUGUGCACAUGCAAAUAACAAAGUACAGAAUGAACUUAUAGCAGAGUUAGAAACGUGUCUAAAAUGAUGAGAUUAAAAAAGGAAUCACAUCCAUUAUUGAAUUUGAAGUGUUGCCUAGUUGAAUGUACUGGAAUUAAAGAAUGUGUUUGUGGUUUUUGUUGAGCCACCAAAAUCCCAUGAGGCUUAAUGAAAAGGAGUGCCAUUAACCACAGAUUUGGACUAAAGUGGUGUUUUCCCAUCCAGACUGCUCAAAGGUUUACAUUCCCAUGCUCUGCCACAUGGGCGCAGAAACAAAAUUACUUUUUUGUUUUUACAUUCUGUACCCUAUGACACAUGCUUUCUCUGGUGGAUAGCACUUUAUUGGGUUUUUUAAAGUGUAAAAAAAUGUAGGUCAGUUUGCUUAUAUUACCAUAUGUCAGAGCAGGUACUCUGGUUUUUUGUGUGGUUUUUUUUUCACCUACUGGGCAAAACUGUCUUUUUAUUGUCUGUGUUUGACGAAGUAACGUUGCAGCAGGGAGUAUGGAGCCGCAGCCAGGAGGUGCUUAGCAUAUAGGCUAGCAAGGGGGAAAAGCUAGCUUGGCUGUGACUAAAGCUAAUGAAUAUGAUGUAUCUUAUUUGUUCUACUCUGCAAACAUGGAAAUGUAAAAACGAGUCACAUGCUGGUCCUAUUACUUCAUGAGCGCCUUUUAAAACCACAUGAAGAGAGCAAGGCUAGCUGUUUCAUUUCGCUUCAACUUUGCUUUCACCAUGCUAAGCUAAGCUAAGCUAAACUAAUUUCCUCUGGCCCUAGGCUUCAUACCCUAUUCACUGACAUGAGAGGGUUUUCCACCUUCUCAUCUAACCCUUGAAAAGGAAGCAAAUAAGCAUAUUUCACAAAAUGUUGGACUAUUCCUAAAGAGGUGUGAAACUUAUUCAAAACAAAACAAAAAACGAUGCUGGUACAGAAUUACCGGUCAGUUAGAGAUUGUCUUCCUGCAAAACAACAUGUUUUUUCCCAAAAAUAUAAUUGUGAUUGUGGAGAGAUUACUUUUGGGGACUUUGGGUCUUAUGAUACACACAUAAAUAACCAUUUAUUAUCAAGAAAAAAGAAAAAAGCUUCACAAAAAGGGACACCUACAUACUAUUUUUGUAAACCUGUGUGUUGUAAUGAAAUGCGACUGGCUUGCAUUGAACUUCAAUAAAUGCAUUUUCAAAACCG